AUGGAACUCAACCGAGAACAUUUUCGCGACAUGACUUAUUACAACCUUCAGAUACAAUUAUCGCAACAAGAAUGCCUUCGACACAAAGCGCCACAUCAGUCGACAAUUUCCCGUUGGUAUGGAGAAUUCAAACGUGGACGGGUGAGUCUUAGCGACUAUCCCAGGAAGAUCUCAAAGACCUCAAUUCAAAAAAUUUUACAUGAAGAAUUAGGAGUAAGAAAAUUAGUUUCUCGUUGGAUACCCCACCUGUUGACUGAAGAGCAGAAAGCAGCCAGGGUUAAAUGGUGUCAAAAAACGCUUGACCGUUUCAAUUCCGGAAACUCAAAAAAUAUGUACAGCAUUGUUAAUGGUGAUGAAUCGUGGAUUUACUGUUAUGAACCAGAAAAUAAACGACAGUCGGCUGUUUGGGUACAACAUCGAAAAAUCAACCCCGAAAGAAGAAUCAUCCUCCACCAAGACAAUGCAAGCUCGCACACAGCCCAAAGAACAAGGCAGUAUUUAACGGAAGAAAGCGUGGAAUUAUUGGACCAUCCUCCAUAUAGUCCCGAUCUAAGUCCUAACGAUUUCUUUACUUUACCCAAAAUUAAAAACAGACUGCGUGGUCAAAGGUUCCAGUCACCAGAAGGAGCAGUUGACGCAUUCAAAGAUGCCGUUUUGGAUCUGCCAGCAAACGAGUGUUUCGAAAAUUGGUUCGAGCGCAUGCAGAUGUGUAUUAAUCUUCGUGGAGAAUACUUCGAAAAACAAUAA